AAAAUCAUAGAUAGUGAUAGAAGCAUGAGCAGCGAUGGUGUGUCUAGGGUUCCGAUUCCCAACAAUGUACGGAAAACCAUCCAAGACAUCAGAGAGAUCACCGGCAAGCUGCACACCGACGAUGAAAUCUACACCGUCCUCAGGGAAUGCUCCAUGGAUCCUAAUGAAACUGCUCAGAAGCUUCUCUAUUUAGAUACUUUUCAUGAGGUUAAAAGGAGACGUGACCGAAAGAAGGAGGGCUUGAGCAACAGGGGCAUAGAGGAUUCUAGAUUAAAACAAGGUGGUCAUGGGAGGGGGAGAAGGGGUGCUUCAGCAGGCUAUUCCUCCAAUUUUUCUGAUGGUGGUGGUGGGAGGAACCUUGCUAGUCAUAGGGAAAAUGUAGUCAAUCACAUUGCAGAGAGAGGACGUGAACCUUCUACUCAGCCAGUUUCAGAGAAGACAAAAAAUAAUUCUACAUCUCAAGCCUCAAGAGUUUCAGCUGUUGCAGCUAAUGGUCCUGUUAAUCAUUCCAAUGGGAGUUCUCGUCAUGGUUUAGCUGAUCAAUCUCUCGUAGGUAGUGGCACAAGUGUCUCUGAAAGCAGUCCAGCUGUUAAUGGCGCUAACAAUAUAGAGAAUGUCCAGCCUCAAGAUGUUGUUGCUUCACCCUCUUCCCCUAUUCAAACCUGUGGCUCAGCUACCAGCAUUGACCAAGGAAAGUCCCUAUCAAGUUCUGAUCAACUUCCAUCUUCUUCUGUAUCUGUUGUCUAUUCAUCUUCUUCGGAUCCUGUACUGGCACCACCUAUCUCUCAGAAUCAUGGUGUCUGUGGUGCAAUGAAUCAGGAAGUUGGGAAUCAGUGCAUAUCUGCUGAACUAAAUCAUGUUAAAGGAAACAAGAUUGUUCUUCCUGAAACUGUUGAUUUACCAUCAUCCAAGAACGAAAAAUCCAGUUCUGUGGAUGCAACAAGCAAACAUAAGGCCUUAAACAAGUCGAAUGAAGUUGAAAAGAAUCAGUUAUCUGAGAAUUCACGGUUUUCACCCUCUCUAUCAUGUAAUGAUUCUUUGAGGUCAACAUCCAGUUGUGACAACCAGUCACCUCUAGUCACUGCCUUAGAGGCUUCUGAGGCUUGUGUGCCAUCUUCAGCUGAGUUGAGACAGCAUGUUACUUUUCCAAACCAUUUCCAAGUACCCAAGGCUUUAAAAACUGGUCUGACAUUUGGAAGCUUUGAUAGUUUUGGUCCGAGAGAUAGUUCUAGCAGUGGAGCUGGUGGUGACAAUUACACUGCUGCUCUUGAAUCUUCUCCAGGGAGUGACGAAACUGCUACUUCUAGUAAUCAAAGUGCAUCAUUGUCUGCACAAGGUGACCAUGUUGAGUAUCCACAAUCUACAUCUUAUCUGAUUGAAAAGACGCCAGCUUUAGAAAAUUCUACAAUUGUUUCUGAUUCAAAGAGUGCUCAGCCAAAGCAGGAGGUAUUGUUAGCUCAGGAGGCCCCUCCAAUUCCGAAUGUUCAAAGUGCUCAAAACUAUGAUUUGAAUUUCAUGUCCAACAUGUUAGGGUCUCAGCAAGUUCAAUUUGAGGGAUCCCAGGCACAAGAAACAUCUCGCCUUCCUAACUUCGUUAAUGCAAGUUCUCAGACUGUGUCUAGCCCUAGCUCAACUCCACCGCUACAGAGCUCUAUACCUGUAUCUCCACAAUCUGUUUCUAUUUUCAGGCCGCCUUACCCUCCUAACUUCUUCCCAUAUGGCCAUUACUACCCCCCAAUUUAUGUGUCACCAAUGCACCAAUUUCUGAGUCACAAUGGCUUCCCUCAACAGCCAUCAGUGGGCAACAUGUAUCUACCAGCAGCAGCAGCUGCAGGAAUCAAAUUUCUCCCUCAAUUCAAGGCCGGAGCAAACGCCGGAAAUAUGGCGCAUCUUGGAAUUCCUUCUGGACCAUUUAUCACCCCACCAGUUGGAUAUGCUCCUAGUCCAACAGUGAAUACUGGAAGCACCUCUGGAAAUGAUGAUCUGGCAGUAUCUCAGUUGAAGGAAAAUCAGAUCUAUACAACUGGACAGCUGAGUGAAGGCUCUGCUGUGUGGGUACCUGCACCAGGGCAAGAUAUAUCCAGCUUGCAAGUUAGUUCUCUGUAUAACCUUACCCCACAUGGACAUCUCGCCUUUCCCCCAACACAGAAUAUUCAUGGGGCAUUUGCUGGUAUUUAUCAUCAACCUGGGCAGACAGUAGCUUCACCCUCAACCCUUUUGCAACAGUCUCAGGCAGUGGCUGGGGCUGUUGAAACUGUAGGGCCCCCUUCAGGUGCUUAUCAACAGCCCCAGCAUGCACAGGUCAAUUGGAAUUCUAACUUUUAGGAUUGAAAACAUUUGUCUUUGGCAUAAGUUACAAAUGCACAUAGGAUGUGCUCAAAUCCAGGAUGUAUGGAACACUGGCCUGAUCUGAGUGUAAAUAAGAAUUGCGGCCAAAGAAGAAGAAAGUCAGUACCCAUUUUGGUGGAUAUAUUUGAUCCUAACGAUUUUGAGGGGUGAUAGUUUCUUUCUUUCUUUUUUUUUUCCCCCCCGGAGGUUUUAGUUAUUUUUAAGUCACCUGUUCCUUUUGCCCUUGAAAGAACAUUUAGUUGUUGCUAUAUGAAACUUUGUAUCCUAGUAAUAUUAUAGGAGAUAAGAGUUCAAUAGAGUUGGUGAGAUUUAUCAGUUUUUCUUUUCUUGUGUCUCACCUGUAUAUUAAUACAUUUUGAU